AUAAAUCCAUCACUUCUUUGAACGGCUUCAGAACUUAACUCACUCACUGGUUUGAUAACAACAACAAAUUAGAAGCGAAACUUUCACAAUUGGAUUAUAUACCAAAAUCAAACGCAGCGCCGAAACAAAGAACAAGAAACUAAUCAACCAAACAGGUUUUUGCAGUGGAACUUGGGUGUUUUUUCAAAAUUGGUGCUUUAUCAUCUUACAUGUAGUUAUUGUCAUCAUGUCUUCCAAGAGAAACCUUCCAUCAUGGAUGACUUCAAAUGAUGAUGAUGGUCAUGGAAAUUUUGGAAAGAGACCAACUUUGGAUGAAGGUGGUGAGAAAUCCAGUGAAAUUGGGACUUCCAACAAGAAGACCAAAGUUGAAAAUGAAAAUGCUUUCAACAAGCUUAUGGAAGGUGUAGUUUUUGUGCUGUCGGGUUUUGUGAAUCCGGAGCGUGGUAUCCUGAGGUCGCGUGCUAUGGAAAUGGGAGCAGAAUUUAAGCAGGACUGGAACUCUAAUUGCACUCUUUUGGUUUGUGCAUUUCCAAACACUCCCAAGUUUCGACAAGUUGAAGCUGAUUGUGGAACCAUUGUAUCAGAGGAUUGGAUACAAGAGUGUUACAGACAGAGGAAACUCGUUGAAAUUGAUAGUUACCUUAUGCAUGCUGGGAAACCAUGGCGUAAUGGAGGUAGAUCACAUGAAGUCGAUGAAGAACAAAAACCAUCUGUACCCCACAAACCACAAAAGCGUGUUGAAAGAGAGACUUCAGAGGCGACUACUUCCAUAAAAUCAAAGGGAAAAGACACUGACGAUGCUAGGAAAUGCUUUGAACCUUCUGAAGUGAAGAAGUGGGCUCUUGAUGAUUUGAAUAAAACAAUUCAGUGGUUGGAAAGUCAAGAAGAAAAGCCAGAUCCAAAUGAGAUAACAAAAAUAGCUGCAGAAGGGAUUCUGACUUGUUUGCAAGAUGCCAUAUGUUCUAUCGAGGAAAAACAGGACAUUGGGAGAGGAACUGAGGACUGGAAAUUCUUACCUCGAGUUGUUGAGGAGCUUGCAAGAUUGUAUGUUGUGGGAAACAAUAAGGCUUCAAUGUCAAAGGAAGAUAUCCACAAACAAGCACUGGACUGUAAACGUAUUUACGAGGAAGAACUGAAUAGGUUAGAUCAUGAAUUGACAAAGAAAUCUAAGAUAAAUGAAGAACAUAGGAGCAAAAGGGGAAGGACAAAUGAUGCAUCUUCUUCUGGUGCAGUUGAGUAUGAUAGUGAUGAUACAAUCGAGAUGACGGAACAAGAAAUAGACCUUGCAUAUAAGACUUUAUCCUCUAAGACGUGUAACUUGUGAAUGCUGAUUGAACUGGUUUGUUUAGGGAUGAAAAGUUGUUAGUUUGGUUUACACAAUUUUGGUUACUUUUUCCUACGACAAUACACUGCAGAAAAUUCCCAGGUCUAUGAGACUUGCCUCUGUUUAAAAUUAACUUUUUCAUACUAUCUUUGUUAGCCUAA